UUUCAGCUGUGAAGCCUCCUACUCUCUUAUUUCAGUUUCCUCUUGUGUGAAACGCAGUUUAUCCAGACACGUUCGCUGCAUGUUCUUGCUAGCAGCUCGCUCGUCCAAUUUCCAGCCUUAGAUGGAUGCAUACCUUUGGCCAUAGAGGAUUGUUGGGCUGUCCGGUGAAGCAAUCCCGCCAUGCGUGAAUACAAGCUAGUGGUGUUAGGCUCUGGAGGUGUGGGCAAGUCUGCUCUGACAGUUCAGUUUGUACAGGGAAUCUUUGUGGAAAAAUAUGACCCUACAAUAGAAGACUCGUACAGAAAGCAAGUGGAGGUAGAUGGGCAACAAUGUAUGCUUGAAAUUCUCGACACAGCAGGCACAGAGCAGUUCACAGCAAUGAGGGACUUGUACAUGAAGAACGGCCAAGGCUUCGCCCUGGUAUACUCCAUCACAGCACAGUCCACCUUCAACGACCUCCAGGACCUGAGAGAACAGAUUCUACGAGUAAAGGACACAGAGGAUGUGCCGAUGAUCCUGGUGGGGAACAAGUGCGACUUGGAGGAUGAGCGUGUGGUGGGGAAGGAGCAGGGCCAGAACCUGGCCAGACAGUGGAACCACUGUGCCUUUUUAGAGUCCUCUGCUAAGUCAAAGAUCAACGUCCUCGAUAUCUUCUAUGACCUGGUCAGACAGAUAAAUAGGAAAACGCCAGUGGAAAAGAAGAAGGCAAAAAAGAAAUCCAACUGUGUCCUGCUUUAAAGACCCCUCCCCCACCAGCCCCUGCAGCAGCUCUGAGCCAGAAAUGCUGUAAUGAAGAACUGUUGCCCUGAUUGGAACGUGCCAGCAUUCCAACAGCCCCACCCCCCUCCCUCCAUCAGCCAUAAACGGUGAAUCAGCUGACUGAACUGCUCCUAUCAAAGACGAGGAUGAUCUGUGUGAGAGAGAGAGAGAAUGGAGAGAAGAAAGAGAGAAAGAAAGACAGUAAGAGCGAGAGAGAGAGAGAAGACUCUGGUCUCUCGCCUCCGAGGACCCUCCUCUGUGUCUCAGUUUCAGUGUGAACCCUGAAUGGACAGUCUCCAUUUCUGCACCAACAAACAACACCACAAACUAAUGAUGAUAAUGAUGAUGAUAAAAGCUUCUGAGCGUAUUAAAAAAAUUGUCCAUGAGCCGCCUACGUGGCCAGAGAGCAGCCCCUUAUUUUCAUUUUUUGACAGUUUUAACAAAAAGAAAAUAACAGCGUUAAAGAAGGAAAACAAAGUUAGAACUUGGAUUCAGUAUUUUUCAUCUUUUUCAAUAUCAAUAUCGUAUUUGAAAGACAUGGAAGUUGACCUCUUUUAGUUGUAUGAUUAUAAAUAUUCUUCAAAAACGAGCAUGAAAAAAAUGCAUCAGUUAUUCAGUGUAGAUGUUUUCAAGUGAAAUCAAGUGGAAAAGUGAGAAUUUUUUUAUAGCCAUACACCUAUUCUCCAUGCCUGUCAUGUCAGUGAUGAUAGAUCAAGGUCUAUAAUAUGUAUUAUUAUUUUUAUUAUAUAUUUUUUUCUUUGUUCGCCCUGUUGUUCCUCAUGGACUACUCUUCUGCGAAUAUCUCUCUCUGAUGUGACUUAAUUUUAUACUCAGUCACUGGGAUUUCAUAGCUCCCAUAAUAUAUUCUAAUGCCAUUUUUUGCAUAAUAAUGCUUCAGAAAAAAAUGGGUCUUUUAUAGAAGAAAUAUGGGGAAAAAUAAGGAUUGAUUUCUAUGUCUCUUGAAGCUGAAAUAUAUUAUACUAAACCAACUCUAAUAAUGCUUCUUGUGUUUUUCUGUCAAUGAUGUUCCAGCUUUUAUGGAUUAUUAAAGUACAUUUUAGUACAUUUUCAUUAUACUGGUCAAUGUAUUUUUGUGAAUUAAACUUUUAUCCAAAGUGGAUUUGACUUAUUUGAGGAGUGAAAUUAAAAGGUGUUUAGAGGGUGCUGGAAACUUAACAUGGAACAAAUACAAGAGUUGCUUGGGGACAUUUUGUUAGGUCUCGUUUAUUAUUGAGUGUAAGCAAUGAAAUCAGUUUGUUCAUUGAUGGCACAGAGAGGACAGUUGUCUUACAGGAUAUGCACUGUACAACCAGCCUGUUUAAGCUCAUCAUGCUCUACGUUACAUCUGAUGCCUUACCUUUAUUGACCACUAGGUGUCAGUAUGUGAGCAGAAGUGUUUCACACGUUCACUGGGAAGCUUUCAAAGUGUAUUGAUUCAAAUCCUGCCUGGCAGGAGUAAAUUAUAUAAUGUGGCUUAAUGGGACAAUCAAUCACAAUGAAAUUAGUGCACCUCUUUCAUGAUUAUUCUCCAUACAAAAACAGCAUUGGAAGAAGGAAGGAUUGUAUGUGAUGCAAAGCCCACCACAGUGUUUCUGGUGCCUUGUACACUGAGCCCCCACAGCCUGGAUUAAUUUUACUUUCUCACCUGAAA